AUGAGCUCUUUGCUCACAGCGUCGCCUGCCACGGACAAUGCUGCCAGAGCUGCCGGGAGCAGCAGCGGGGCUGCAGAAGACCCAAGGUCCGGUAUCGACAGGAUAGUGACCGUGGCUCAGCCCCUGGCCUCGGCAUCCUCCUCGGUGGCCCCGGUGCGAGGACGUUUCCCCGGGCCCUCCACGGAGCGCCCGCUCGUCCCUUCUCACCUAACUUCAGAAAGCACUACUGCGGCCUUUAGCCGCAAUUACGAACCCGAGAGCAUCCCAGCUGCAGAAGAGGCGACGCUGCACUUGGACACCCACGGUGCUGACAUGCCCAGCGUGGCAGCGGGGGCACUGGGCUCCUCCCCAAAUGGCGACACAGCCAGGGUGACAAGAGACUCUGCUACCAGCACCGACCCCACCAGCUCUUUAGGAGGGACCUUCUCCUCCUCAAGGGCUGGGACGCGCCAUCCUAAUGGCUCACGGGAAGCCACCGACCUCCCAGCACUUCCCAGGGAGCCUUUGCUCACAAGCUCCCUCUCUGCCUCCAAAAGUACUUUCAGAGCCAUGGGCAGCAGCCAUCACUCCCUAAGCAGCUCGAGUGCCGAGGAAAGGAUGUCCAGCCCCACCACUGAUCCUGCGUACAGUUCACCUACACCUGCUGGUGGUGGAGAGAGGUCGCUGCACUCGGUGACGGACAGCACGGUGGCCGGUGGCACGGAGAGCUCCACGUCCUAUACCAAAACCGCCAGCUCUCCACGGCCGGCUGAGCUGGCGUCGGUGGAGCAGCGUGGGACGGCCAAUGCCUCCACCAGCAGCUUUUCAAGUAGCCAUCAGCCAGUCAGUAGCAUCGAUGCUGAGAAACGGAGCUCGGUUUCUCAUACGGACGGCACAUACAUUUCAACCAUCUAUACCAGAGGAGGAGAAAGGACCCUGCUAUCUAUCUCGAAUAGCAGCACUUCUACUGACUCCUCAGAAAGUUCCACCUUUUUUUCUGAAAUUUCCAACCCUUCUGAUUCAUUGAAGUCUUCUGUGGCACAGGACAGGAGGAACAACAUAUCCAGUGAUGGCAGUUUUGUUGAACCAUCUACAGAGCCGUUGCUGGUGCACUCUUCCAAACUCUUGACUUCUACUUCUGCAGGCAGCGUACAAAAUACAACUCUCUUCAACACUGACUCUGAGUUGUUGACCACGGCACCCAUGGAACAGCUUGGUGGACGCAUUGUGUCCGUGUCCAUGUCCACUCCUGUGAUGGUAACGGAGACUGCCUCACCAAAAGCCACCACCAUCCAGGGAGGCACCUUUGAGAAGGCAACGUCGUCGCUGCUCACCAUGACCAAUGUGGAUAAAUGUCUUUCCAACCCUUGUCCUGCGCUGGCCACCUGCAACAGCACCCGUGGCUCCUACAUCUGUCAGUGUCCUCUUGGAUAUGAGCUGGAAAAAGGAAAGUGCAAUUUAGUAAGAAUAUUUAUUGGCCAGGUCCCCCUGAAACUUAAUACUACCCAUGGGAAGUACGCGGAGCUCCUCCACGUCGAGGGUGAAAUCCUGGCAAUGCUUGAUGGAUCGCUGUCGGGCUUGCCAGGGUACCACCACUCCACGGUUAAGGCAACCAGGGAGGCAAAUUUUGUGCAUGUUUCAGUGCAAUCCACCUUCGCUUUAACAUCCAAUGUGACUUUCUACGAUGUUAUCAGCAGCGUGAAAAGCUACAUUCGAGCUUGCACAUCCCCCACUGAAGCUUGUCAGUUCAUCUCCAGCCUGAAACCGCUCCACAGAGUUGGCAGCUUGUGCAAGCAAAAAGACCCCGAAUGCGACAAGGAAACUUCGGAAUGCACCGACUUUGAUGGUGUCGCGCUCUGCCAGUGCAAAAGUGGGUACUUCAAAUACAACAAGAUGGACCACUCCUGCAGAGCCUGUGAAGAUGGAUAUAAGCUGGAAAACGAGACCUGUGUGAGCUGCCCGUUUGGCUUGGGUGGAUUCAACUGCGGAAACCCAUAUCAGCUCAUCACUGUGGUGAUCGCAGCUGCCGGAGGGGGACUUCUGCUUAUCAUGGGCAUAGCACUGAUUGUCACCUGCUGCCGGAAGAAUAAAAAUGACAUAAGUAAACUCAUUUUCAAGAGUGGGGAUUUCCAGAUGUCACCGUAUGCUGAAUAUCCGAAGAACCCCCGGGCACAAGAGUGGGGCAGAGAGACCAUUGAGAUGCAGGAGAAUGGCAGCACCAAGAACCUGUUGCAGAUGACAGAUGUAUAUUAUUCGCCAACUGGACUGAGAAAUCCUGAACUGGAAAGAAACGGACUUUAUCCUCCUUACACUGGUUUGCCUGGAUCUCGACAUUCAUGCAUCUACCCUGGACAAUACAAUCCAUCCUUCAUUAGUGACGAAACCAGAAGAAGAGACUAUUUUUAG